CAAAAUAUUAGCGCUGCCAUGACUGACGCCGCAAUUUCCUUCGCUAAAGACUUUUUGGCCGGCGGAGUCGCAGCGACUAUUUCCGAAACAGCAGUCGCACCGUUAGAGAGAGUGAAACUGCUGCUGCAGGUACAACAUGCCAGCAAGCAGAUCAGUGCAGACAAACAGUACAAAGGUAUUAUCGACUGUAUUCUGAGGAUUCCCAAGGAGCAAGGCUUUGCCUCGUUUUGGCGUGGCAACCUAGCCAACGUCAUUCGUUACUUACCCACACAAGCUCUCAAUUUUGCCUUCAAAGACAAGUACAAACAGAUUUUCCUGGGUGGCACAGAUAUGCACACACAGUUCUGGCGAUACUUUGCUGGUAACUUGGCCUCUGGUGGUGCUGCUGGAGCCACUUCCCUUUGCUUCGUCUACCCCCUCGAUUUCGCUCGUACCCGACUAGCUGCAGAUAUCGGGAAAUCUGGCAGCAGCAGGGAGUUCACCGGGCUGGCUGACUGCCUGGUCAAAAUCUUUAGGUCAGAUGGGCUGCGAGGCCUGUACCAGGGCUUCAAUGUCUCUCUCCAGGGCAUCAUUAUCUACAGGGCUGCCUACUUCGGAUUCUACGACACUGCCAAAGCCAUGCUUCCAGACUCUAAGAACACCCACAUUGUGGUCAACUGGAUGAUUGCACAAACUGUGACUGUAGUGGCUGGUGUGGUCUCCUAUCCCUUUGACACUGUACGGCGUUGCAUGAUGAUGCAGUCUGGGCGCAAAGGAGGGGAUAUUAUGUACAUGGGAACCAUUGACUGCUGGAGGAAGAUUGCUCAUGAUGAAGGUGGCAAAGCAUUCUUUAAAGGGUCCCUGUCCAAUAUACUCAGAGGAUUUGGGGGCGCUUUUGUGCUUGUGCUAUAUGAUGAAAUCAAGAAGUUUGAUUAAACAAUAAGCAAAAACUAGUAGAAUAGCUCUUAUCAUAAUAUUUUGUCAAGCUUUAACCAAACCCUGUGCACACCGCACAAAUGCAGCCAUAGUUAAAUAGUGUAAGAUGGGAAAUUAUUAAUGUACAGUAAGUUAUUAAUUAAUUAAACUCUAUGCAAUUCUGUUGCUUUAUUUUUUUGCAUAAAGAAAGCUCUAACCUUCUAUGAUAAAUAACAUAUUUUAUCAUAAGAAAGCACCUGUAUAUGUGAUUUAAGUGUGAAAACAUACUUUUGUCCCCGUACCAAGCUGUGGUUUCAUGCAGUGGCUACAGAGCAGCUAUAUGGAGAAAUAUAAUGCACAAAAUAAAAAAAAUAUAUACAUUUACAUUUAACCAUUUGGCAGACGCUUUUAUCCAAAGCGACUUACAAAUUGAGGAACAUAAGCAAUUUGUCAUAUAUAACGUAUGUGUAUUUGUCAUACAUAUGUACACACAUUGAGCACUUUAUUAGGAACACCCCUACGUCUACUUACUCAUGCGAUUAUCUAAUCAGCCAAUUGUGUGGCAGCAGUGCAGUGCAUAAAAUCAAGCAGAUAUGGCUCAGGAGCUUUAGUUAAUGUUCACAUCAACCAUAAAAAUGGGAAAAAAUGGGAUCUCAGUAAUUUCAACCGUGGCAUGAUUAAUGGUGCCAGACAGGCUGGUUUGAGUAUUUCUGUAACUGCUGAUCACCUGGGAUUUUCACGGACAACAGUCUCUAGAGUUUACUCAGAAUGAUGGCAAAAACAAAAAACAUCCAGUGAGCGGCAGUUCUGUCGACGGAAACACCUUGUUGAUGAGAGAGGUCAACAGAGAAUGGCCAGACUGGUUCGAGCUGAUAGAAAGACUAUGGUAACUCGGAUAACCACUCUGUACAAUUGUAGUGAGUAGAAUGGCAUCUCAGAAUGCACAACACGUCGAACCUUGAGGCGGAUGGGCUACAACAGCAGAAGACCAUGUCGGGUUUCAAUUCUGUUAGCCAACAAUAGAAAGCUGAGGCUGCAGUGAGCACAGGCUCACCAAAACUGGACAGUUAAAGACUGGAAAUCUCGAAUUCGCACAGAUGGUAUGGUCAGAAUUUGGCACCAACAGCAUGAAUCCGUGGACCCAACCUGCCUUGUGUCAACAGUCCAGGCUGGGUGGUGGUGUAAUGGUGUGGGGAAUGUUUUCUUAGCACAUUUUGGGCCCAUUAAUACCAAUCAGUUAUCGCUUUUAAUGCCACAGCCUAUUUAAGUAUUGUUGCAGACCAUGUGCAUCCCGUCAUGGUCAGAAUUUAACCAUCUUCUAAUGGAUUGAAUGGAUAAUGGACUUUUGCAAAGCAAAAGUCAUCUCAAACUAGCAAAUCAGCAGAAGUGAUGCAAUCAUGUCAACUUGGACCAGAAUAUCAGAGGAAUGUUUCCAACAUCUUGUGGAAUCCAUGCCACAAAGAAUUGUGGCUGUUUUGAGAGCAAAGGGAGGCCAGUAUUAGUAUAGUGUUCCUAAUAAAGUGCUCAGUGAGUAUAUGCAUAUGAAAUGUGAUUAAAAUAGUCAAAUGUUUAUGAUCAAAAUAAUUAAAAAUGAAUUCAUUUGUUAAUUGUGCCUUUAAUAUUCCCCAUAAAUCUGAGCCAUCUUUAGUAGAUCAAUAAAUGUUUUUGGUCAAAGGCUCAAAAUAACAAUAAGUACCUAUAUACUUAUUAUGAAUUAUUGUUAAUCUCACUAUAUUACUACUUUAUUAAAAUAAAUAUGGUUUAAAAAAAACAAAAACAAAAACAAA